AUGUCUUACCCUUACAUUCUCUUUUCCCUCUCUCUUCUCUCUCUCCUCACAUUCUCCUCCUCAAUCCCAAACCCAAACACCAUUUCUCUUCCACUCUCCCCACUAUUCACCAAAUCCCAAUCCUCAGAUCUAAUCAACUCCCUCAAAACCGCCGCUACAUCUUCUCUAACAAGAGCCCACCACCUCAAAACCCAAAACCCAAAUCACAAGAAACCUUCCUCCUCCCCGACCAACACACAAAUUUACCCCAAAAGCUACGGCGGUUACUCAAUCAACCUCAACUUUGGAACACCGCCGCAAACAUUAUCCUUCAUCCUAGACACAGGUAGCAGCCUCGUAUGGUUCCCAUGUUCCUCCCACUACCUAUGUUCCAACUGCAACUUCCCAAACAUCAACCCAACAAAAAUCCCUUCCUUCAUUCCCAGAAACUCAUCCACCUCAAAAAUCCUCGGUUGCACAAACUCCAAAUGCGGUUACAUUUUCGGACCAGACAUCGAAUCUCGUUGCCGAGGUUGCAACCCAGAAUCUCAAAACUGUAGCAACAUCACUUGUCCAGCUUACAUAAUCCAAUACGGUUUAGGCUCAACCGCUGGUUUCUUACUAUUGGAUAAUCUCGAUUUUACCGGCAAAAAAACAGUGGAAAAUUUUCUCGUAGGUUGUUCCAUUUUAUCUACCCGACAACCCUCCGGUAUCGCCGGAUUCGGUCGAGGACAAGAUUCUCUCCCGUCGCAAAUGGGACUUAAGAGAUUCUCUUAUUGCUUACUUUCUCACCAAUUCGACGACUCGCCGGAAAAUAGUAACCUCGUUUUGCAGGUUUCUUCCACCGGAGAUACAAAAACAAGUGACUUAAACUACACGCCGUUUCGGAAAAACCCAUCAACGAACAACGCGGCAUUCCUUGAAUAUUAUUACGUGAAUCUUAAGAUUGUUGUUAUUGGAGGGAAACAUGUUAAGAUUCCGUUAACGGUUUCGGAACCGGGGAUAGAUGGUAACGGUGGAACCAUUGUUGACUCUGGAUCAACGUUUACAUAUAUGGAAAAGGAAAUCUUCGAUUUGGUUUCGCAAGAGUUUGAGAAGCAGCUUUCUAAUUAUAGCAGAGCGAAAGAAGUUGAAGCUGCAUCGGGGUUGAGUCUAUGUUUUAACUUCACCGACGUGAAAACGGUGAAGCUUCCGGAGAUGGUGUUUGAGUUUAAAGGGGGUGCGAAAAUGAAAUUACCGGUUGAGAAUUAUUUUUCUUUGGCGGGUGAAGGGGAGGUGGCGUGUUUGACUGUUAUGUCGGAUGGAAUUUCUGCGCCGGAGAGAAACGGUGGUCCGGCGAUUAUUUUAGGGAAUUAUCAGCAGCAGAAUUUUAACGUUGAAUUUGAUUUGGAAAAUGAUAGGUUUGGAUUUGGACCUCAGAUUUGUCAAAAAAGUGCUUAA